AUGUUGGCCCGUUCGGCUCGUCUUCUGCACUCGGCGGAGCUCGCCGCCAACGCCAUUCGUGCUGCUUCGGGAGCGCCAGCUACUGCAGCGGCGGCUGAAGCCUCUUUUCCAUCAACUGAUGAUGUAGCCGCCAAGACCAAGAAGACCGGAAACCGUAUCAAGACGUUCGAGAUCUAUCGUUUCAACCCAGAAGCACCAGGAGCCAAGCCAACUGUGCAGAAAUUCGAUGUUGAUCUUGACCAAUGCGGAACUAUGAUUCUCGACGCUCUCAUCAAGAUCAAGAAUGAGGUCGAUCCAACUUUGACUUUCAGAAGAAGUUGUCGUGAAGGAAUCUGUGGAUCCUGUGCCAUGAACAUCGGAGGUCAAAACACUUUGGCUUGCAUCUGCAAAAUCGAUUCGGAUACCUCAAAGAGCACCAAAAUCUACCCACUUCCACAUAUGUUCGUUGUGAAGGACCUUGUCCCAGAUAUGAACCUCUUCUACGCUCAAUAUGCCUCUAUUCAACCAUGGAUUCAAAAGAAGACCCCAUUGACUCUUGGAGAAAAGCAGAUGCACCAAAGUGUGGCUGAACGUGAUCGUCUUGAUGGUCUCUACGAGUGUAUUCUCUGUGCUUGCUGCUCCACGUCAUGCCCAUCCUACUGGUGGAAUGCUGAUAAGUACCUCGGUCCAGCUGUUCUCAUGCAAGCCUACAGAUGGGUCAUCGAUUCUCGUGAUGACUACGCCACCGAACGCCUUCACCGUAUGCACGACUCUUUCUCAGCUUUCAAGUGCCACACCAUCAUGAAUUGCACAAAGACAUGCCCAAAACACUUGAACCCAGCUAAGGCCAUCGGAGAGAUCAAAUCGCUGCUUACUGGAUUCACAUCGAAGCCAGCCGCUGAGCCAUCAGCAUUUUAAAUAAGAAAAUUCCAUUGUUUUGCCUAGAUUCGAUGUAAUAUUUAGCUCUGGUUGAUCGAUUGUCGCUUCUUUUCGAAAUACCCGAAUUAUCUAUCCCCGUUUUCCGAUGUCUAUACCACGAGCCUCCUCUUUUUGCACAAUAAACGGAAUUGGUAG